CAUACUGCUACGUAUCUUAACAUGUCAAUUUCAAGAAACAAGAGCUGUGCAUUGAUGUAUGAAAACUUGGUAACAUCAGAGAAGAUAAUGUAUUGAUGAUUCUUACCUCAAGGGAAAGCACAUUUGUGAGCAAAACAACUAGCUUAAAAGAUAUGGGUGCCGUCAUUGCUAAUAAGCUUGUCUGGUUAAUACGAAAACUUAGUAAUAAACUGUGUAAAUGAAUAACAUGAAAUAUAGAGGACCACAUUAUAUAAUCAAUCUAUUUCACACUGUAUAAAUGUUGUUAUUUAUUGAUUGAGCUAUUUAUUUAUUACUAUCACGUUUAAUAUUCCUGCCAGUGCAAUAUAUUCUAAGUCUUAAUAACAAAAACAUUGUUGAUUAUUAUUUCUAUUUCUAGUCAUAUUUUGUGUUCCUAAACCAAAGACUUUUUAGUUUUUAUCUUAUCAUAUUUUGUUAUAGUAUUUUUAUUUGAAUAUAAGAUUAAUGCUCAUUUUUAUUUUAUUUUGUGAUGUUUUUGAUAACUCAUUUUUAAUUGUUUUGUAAGUUCUUAUUUAUGUUAAUUUAAGUUUUAUUUGUUGUUAUUUAAUGCUGUUCUACAAUAUUUAUUAUCAAUUUUCCAAGUAAAAGAAUGUUCUCCAAAGAUUUGAUUACAUAACAUUUUGUUCUAAAUUUCUGUAUUAUUCCGCUUUGAUGUACUGUUAAUUAGUACAUCAAGUUUUGUGAAGAUUAAUAUUUCAAGAUGGUUAAGUUGAAAUCGCCACUGCCAACGAAAGAUGAGUUAAUGAGUAUGCAAAAGAUAUUUAAAGAUUAUUUUGUGUCAGAAUCUUUAAAGAAGAAACGGAAGUAUGAAACUAGAAUGGAAACAGUUUUUUCUAGCUGUGAUAAUUCGGAUUGUAGUGUGGAUUUUCUAGCUUUAGGUCAAUCUAGAAGGGAAGUUACUCUAGCAGCAUUGAAGAAAUUUCGAUUUUCCAACUUUCAACGACAUUUGCCACAAAUUUUUCGUUAUGUUUAUGACAUUGUUAACUGUUACAAGGCAGCAAUUAUUUUACAUAAACUGGAAGGAAUAGAAGAAAGUGAAAUUGAAAACAUUCUGUAUGAGGUAGCCAAAGAACUGUCCAUAGCCUAUGAAUAUCAGAUCUGUAUGUUAGCUCACUCUACAGAUAUUCUGCAUCUGGCCAAGUAUGCGGUGGUGUGUAUGAUAUAUUAUUUAAAAAAUAAAGAUAGUAUAUUUAGUUAUUCUGAUAUUAUCAAAGGAAUUGUAGAUCAUACUACCUGUUUUAAAGAACAAGAUUUAGAUGUGUCAACACGAAUGAUUUCUAGUGGUAUAACUGUUAAAUGGAAGAUAUCAGAUAUAUUUCUAUUGCCUGGUUUAAGAGUACCAGUUCAAGAUACAAGACCACCAGAAAACCUGACUGGAAGUAGUGAAGUCGAUCCUUUAUUACCUUAUUAUAAACUUUCUGUUAAAGAUGCUCAACGUUAUCACAGUCUUAUUUCAUAUCAUUUUCCUUGUGGACCAACAAACAAGGAACUCAAAAAGUCUAAAAAGAGCAAGAACACUAGUAAAGAAGAUUUUCCAGUCAAAGAGAUAGUUAUUGUGGAAGACCAAGGUUCACCAGGAGCCACUGAAGUUGGUGAAGAGGUCAAUAUGAUCAAUGUUACAUUUCGAUAUUUCUGUUGUUUCUCUCCAUAUGGAUGUGCGUGUGAUUUUCAACUAUAUGGAUACAGAGCCCCCAUUCAUGUGUGGAAUUCAGCAGAAAAUCGCUAUGACAUGAUAUCUCGUGAUUCCAUUACCACCCAACAUCCAGAUAAAUGUGAGAUACCGCUUGAUGUUGGUUUACAUCAGAGUUAUAUGCCAAAAUCUGGUUGUCAACAUCUGUUACAGUUACCAAAUUCUACCGUCUAGCCCUGUCAGAGGCGUGAUAGGGCUAAGUAUAAUCACUUACCAAGAAGGCAUUUUUUUCUCUUUUGACCCCAACCUAUUGUAUUUUUUACUUCAUCAAUAAAUUUGAUCAAUCAAUACAUUAAUUAAUACAUCAACGAUUAAGGAGCAUAUGAAAGCUAUACUCAGUGUAAGUGAAUCGAAAACGUCGUUCUACUGCAGGGGAUUUUAACCCUUUUUCUAUUACCCUUUUCAGAUUCCUUGAUUAGUUAAAUUACCCCGUCGCUUACCCCUAUAAAUCUUGACUAUUUUCUGC